AUGGAUCCUCGCAACGCAGAACAAGAGACCCAGCCAGAGGAGCCUCGAUUCCUGAACUUCAAACACCAACCCGAAGGCACACAACGAGACGGAAAGCCUGUAUUAAACCGAUGGUCUACUACGCUCACGAAUGGCCAUGACUUCCCAGGAGCGCAGGCUAUGCUAUACGCAGCCGGUGUUCCCAACAAACAAGCGAUGAAAACGCAACCCCACGUCGGUAUCGCGAGCGUUUGGUGGGAAGGUAAUCCUUGCAACAUGCAUUUGCUCGACCUAGGAAAAGAAGUCAAAAAGAACUGUGUUGAAGAUGAUAUGCUCGCGUGGCAAUACAACACCGUUGGAGUGUCGGAUGGAAUCACAAUGGGAGGAGAAGGAAUGCGUUUCUCCCUCCAAACCCGCGAGAUCAUAGCCGACUCCAUCGAGACCGUAACCUGCGCGCAACACCACGACGCCUGCAUCGCGAUCCCGGGCUGCGACAAGAACAUGCCAGGCGUCAUCAUGGCCUUUGCGCGGCACAACCGGCCCUCCCUCAUGAUUUACGGUGGCAGCAUCAAGCCAGGCUACUCUGAGACUCUAAAGAAGCCCAUCAAUAUCAGUACGGCUUAUGAGGGCUUUGGCGCGUACGUGUACAAGACGCUAAAGAGUGCUGAGGAGGGGAAGUUUAGUCCUGAUGAGAUUAUGGAGGAUAUCGAGAAAAAUGCGUGUCCUGGGGCGGGGGCGUGUGGCGGGAUGUACACGGCGAAUACUAUGAGCACGAGUAUUGAGGCAAUGGGCCUCUCUCUUCCCAACUCUUCGACCACGCCAGCAGAAAGCCCAGCGAAGAUGCGCGAAUGUGCCAAAGCCGCUGCCGCAAUCCGCGUCUGCAUGGAGCAGAACAUCACGCCUCGUAAACUCAUGACCAAGGCAUCUUUCGAGAACGCCCUCGUCAUGAUGAUGGCUCUCGGUGGCUCUACAAACGCCGUUUUGCAUCUCCUCGCGAUGGCUGGUACGGCGGGUGUACCACUGAGUCUGGAUGACUUCCAACGCGUUUCAGAUAAGAUUCCUUUCCUUGCGGACCUUGCUCCUUCUGGGAAAUACUUCGCAGCCGACCUCUUUGAAAUCGGUGGCAUGCCCGCGGUCAUGAAGUUGAUGGUCGCGGCAGGCUUGCUAAACGGCGAUAUUCCGACCGUCACAGGCAAGACGUUGAAAGAGAACAUCGAGCCGUACCCAUCGCUGCCUCAGGAUCAGGCCAUUAUCCGGCCUUUGAACAACCCCAUAAAGAAGACUGGCCAUAUUGAAAUUUUGAGAGGUAAUCUUGCGCCAUUGGGUGCAGUAGCGAAGAUCACUGGCAAAGAAGGGCUGCUUUUCAAGGGCAAGGCAUUGGUGUUUGAUAAGGAGCAUGAGCUCGAUGCCGCUCUGAACGCGGGCACUAUCCCACGCGGCGAAAAUGUGGUUGUGGUCGUGCGCUACGAGGGACCAAAGGGUGGUCCAGGAAUGCCAGAGCAGCUCAAGGCGAGUGCAGCCAUCAUGGGUGCGAAGUUGACGAACAUUGCAUUGAUUACGGAUGGGCGGUACUCAGGUGCAUCGCAUGGCUUUAUUGUUGGACACAUAUGCCCUGAGGCCGCGGUGGGUGGACCGGUGGCCGUGGUCAGGAAUGGAGAUGUGAUUACGAUUGAUGCGGAGAAAAACCGGAUCGACAUGGAUGUAUCUGACGAGGAGAUCCAGAGGAGACUGAAAGAGUGGAAGAAGCCGAAGGCGGCAGUGACGAGGGGUGUACUUGCGAAGUAUGCUAGGCUGGUGGGUGAUGCGAGUACGGGAGCGAUGACGGACCUAUUCUAG